AUCCUACCACUUCCACCUAAUGACUUCACGAACAGAGUAAACAGAGCGGAGGAGACAUCAGCAAUUAGAAAAAUGCGUCAUCCAGUCCCUGGUGGUCCAAUGUGCUGUUCACCGACGGCCUUUGCUGUGAUGAAUAUACAUUUUAGACUGCUCGAAUCAGCUUACUACUUCACGUCGAUUGUCCACACAUCUGGUUUGGAAAUCGACUACAAUCGAACGAGUUUCCGGCAGAAAUUGGAAGAAGCUUUAGAAAAAGCUAAAGAAGGUUUACCACCAACAGUAAUUUGGCAAUAA